AUGCAAACAAUCGGCAGUCUUCAUCUUCAGCUGAUCGGUAAAACCGGUUCGGGAGCGAGUGCUUCUGCAAACACUAUCCUGGGUGAAAAUAGGUUUAAAUCCGAGCGGAGUUUGACCUCCAUCACCGACAGAUGCCAGAAACACACGGCUGAAGUGUGUAACAGAACAGUGACAGUGACUGACUCUGUUAACUUCUUCGACUCAAAUGACAUUGAUCUGCGCUUGGAGUUACAGAGAGAACUGCGCACGCGCCCUGCUGGAAUACACGCGAUCCUGCUGGUGCUCCGUUUACACACAUUCACUGAACAAGACGCAAAGCUCCUGUCAUUAUAUAAGCAGAUGUUCGGCGAGAGUGCAAUGAAACACACAAUAGUGCUGUUCACACACGGAGAUGAGCUUCAGCAUAAAUCUCUCUCUCAGCUGAUCAGAGAAAACUCAGAGCUGUCCAAACUAAUAGAGGAGUGUGGGGGGAGAUUUCACCUGCUGAACAACACAGAUCUGAACAAUAAAGAUCAGGUCGCCAAACUCCUGAUGAAGAUUGAACGAAUGCUGUCUGAUAAUGAGAACAGAUGCUACACUUUACAGAUGUUUAUGCAGGCUCAGGCGAUCAGAAUACAUCAUCUGUGUGCAGUCAGUGUUGUCAUUGUGUUGGCAUUGGGUUAUGUGAAUAUGAGGAAUGAAGAUUAUUGGGUGUUUAAUUCAUUUCUUCAUGGUUGUUUUGGGGGGGUGUUAUCAGCAUUGGUAGGGUAUGCUUCAGGACGCAUUUGUGCAAAUAUGUGGAAAAAUGAGAUCAGGAAGUGUGGGAAAUGUACCAAAAGACACCUAAGAAAUGUUGAACUGCUGGCAGUAGCAUGGGGUUGUGGUGCUGGAGGAAUCAGUGUGUUUUUGACAGGUCCAGUGUGUUUAUCCACUGCAUUAUUGAGAGGGACACAGGGGAGUCUUAUGGCUUAUAUCACAAUAAUGAAGCACCGCAGAUUGAUAUGAUGCAUUCCUCAGUAUCCUAUUAUCACUUCUUUCUUUUUACGUGUCAUUAACAUUGUUAGUGUGCAAAAUCUCAAUAAAAUUGAUCUAAUUGGAUCUAAUGUA